AUGGUGCGUACCCGGCGUACCCACCUUAUGCCCGUGGGGUCCGUUCGUACGGGGCCCCGCCGGCGUACGAUCUUGAUCGCGGCCUUGCUGUCCAGCGUGAGCCUUGGACGCACGCCUCUGCGUCGACGUCUGAAGCCGCUCCUCGUUUUGAGGAGCUGGGCCAAGGUGGCUCUGCGAGUCAGCAACCCCCUGCGGAUCGUGGUACCGCUUAAGACGUCCCACAUAGAACGUCGG